UAUAAAUAAGCUACAUUGUAAAAGCUGCAGCUUAAAAGUGUCAUGAGAUAUUUUUUUCAAUUCUAAAAUACAUUAUUCCAAGUGCCGUACUUAAUUUGUUGCGCAUAUUUGUAACCCACUGUUGUGAUCAAUUAUUAGCAAUAAGUAAAUGAAAUUUAAUUUGCGCACAAAAAGCUGAAGAAAAGAAACUGUUGUAAAGCUUUUAACUCCAAAAAUAACUAUUACAAAUGAAAGCUUCACCAAAACCGUGACAGCUUGAACAAAACGUGAAAUUUUAAUUAAAAAGUGAAAGCUUCGUUAAAAACGUAAAAGCUUUCAGAAAUCGUGAAAGCUUUUAUAAAACGUGAAAACUUCAGCAAAGUGGUGAAAGCUUGACUAAAACCUGAAAUCUUAAAUAAGAAGAGAAAGUUUUAAAAAACGAGUGAAAGUUUCGACAAAAUCGUGAAAGCUUCGUUAAAACUUGAAAUCUUCAGCAAAGCCGUGAAAUCUUAAAUAAAACGUAAAAUCUUAAAUAAGAAGAGAAAGCAUCAACAAACGCGUGAAAGCUCUGAAAAUAUCGUGAAUGCUCUGAAAAAAUCGUGAAAGUUUUAGCUAAGCCGUGAAAGCUUGAAUAAAGCGUGUACUCUUAAACUAAAAGAGAAAGCUUUACAAAAGACUGAAAGCUCCGACAAAAGCGUGGAGGCUACACCAAAAGUGUGAAGGCUUUGAUAAAACGUGUAAGCUUCACAAAAGUAGUAAAAGCUUCAAUAAAACGUGAAAGCUUCAAAAAAGUAGUAAAAGCUUCAAUAAAACGUGCAAGCUUUACAAAAAGUGUAUAAGCUUCAGCAAAGUCGUGAGAGCUUCGCAAAAAUCGUGAAAGAUUCAAUAAAACGUGAACGCUUCAGCAAAGUCGUGAAAGCUUCACAAAAAUCGUGACAGCUCAACUGUGAAACGAAAGCAAAAAAGCUUGAAACAUAUCUGAAAUAAAGCGGUGCAGCAAAAUAAACCGUUACGACACACGCAAACCAGCAACGCCACCACCGAACGAAGGUUCCAAACAAACACAAAAAAUAAAGAUAAAUCCAGUUUACAACAAUACCCUCAACCGCAACAAAUUGCACAGCGAAAAAAUUAAACGUGUGGCAACAACAACAAUAGCACAUCCUACCAAAUGACAAUAUCAAAUCGUUUGAAUCGCAGACGAAACAUCAACAAUAACAACGGUGAGAACAGCAACACCGCCGAUACUGAAUUAUUGCUGGCAGGAGCAACAACAACAACAUUAACACAGAGCACCGUAAGCGGACGCAUUAAACGCGCUCGUCGUUUAGCAGCAGCCGUCAAAAUGACAGCGCUCAACCAACAGGCGACAGACGAUAUGACAACUACAACAAAAACAAGAGAGUUGCAUACUGACAGGGCUACAAUGAACGGGAAUGCUGCGGACAACGGCAGCGCGCGCAUCAGCAGCAAGUUUUUGCCCGGGAAGUCGCUCAAAUAUGAGCGUCUCAUAAAUCAACCGAAAAAUGCCGGUACAACAGCAACAGCAAAAACGCUAACAAAAGCAAUUGAUGGCACGACAUCCGAAGCGGCGCUAAAUACUAACGGUAAUGAGUGGCCGCCACAGCAGCAGCAACAACAACAUUGGCGCUUACAAGAUGAGACCACAGCAGCGUUGUCCUCGUGGCACGAUGCCCAUUCAUCGUCAACGCCCGCAACAGCGACGACCGCGGCAGCAAUGAGGAAUUGGCAAGCACAUUCGGAAGGCGCGGAAACGCAUUUAUCACCAGCAGUCAACGGCGUGGAUGUAGUAAAUGCGAAUGCCAAAGCGCCUGCGAAUAUGCGAAGCCGCCGUGCCAAUGCCAAUGGUGGAAGUGGUGGCCAUAGUUGGAGUGGCAAUUAUCAACAGCAGCAUCCGCAUACGCCACAGCCGCAACCAACGACGACAACACCAUCAACUCUGGUUGUGGGGGCUGCAAUAAAACCAACACUGUCGGCGCGCACACAAAGCCAAAGCGUUAACAAUGGUGGUGGUGGCGGCGGCGGCGACGGCGGCUUUGGCAACAUGACCGGUAAUGGCAACAGUUAUGUCAGCGGUAAUAAUGUGAAAUAUUUUGGCAAUGGCGUCGACUAUAAUGGCGCAUCUGCGUCCGACACCGUGGCCCUGCUCAGCGCGUUGCCAACGGAACACGGCGAACAGCAACAGCCGACCACGAAUUGGCACAGCAACAAUGCCAACUUAGCGCGCAGCACUAAAGGUUUCUACUACAGCGCCGCCGACGACAGCGUUGCUGACUUCGAUGCAAAUUACACGUCACAAGCGCCAUCCGCGUCCGAGUCGUCGCUGUACUACUCAUCAGCUGCGUCGUCUGCGCGUUCCGCCUCCUCACCCGCCGCUUUCUACAUGUCCAAUGGUGCCGCGGCCACUUCGCCGUCCAGGUCGGGGUCGGGGUCGGGGUCGGGCUUUGCGCACGGGUCAUCAUCCGCGGCCGUUGCAUUGGCAUGUAAUUGUUGCAGUAAUUUAAUUGCCCGCUGCUGCUUCGGCAUACCACUGUUGAAGGCAAUCAACGUGCGGCGCUGUGUGUUGGCAUUGUUCGCCAUAACGGUCGUUACGAUUUUUUACUACACUCAUUACGUCGAUACGGGCGUUUUUGUCGGUUUAAUUCAGCGUGACACCCGACCCUCUCCGCUUAUCAACUGUCGAAUGGUUAGCGGGAAGCACACACGCGAAUCAUCACGAGCGCCCGAUCAUCGUUCCGAGGCGCGGCUGCGCAUCGAUCCGAAGGUGUUGGUGUUUGUGGAGACGACCUACUCAGGACUCGGGCGAGAUAUUGCCGAACUAUUGGUCUAUAAUAGAAUUAAGUACAAAAUCGAAGUGGCCGGCAAAAGUCUUCCUGUGUUAACGAAUCUCGACAAGGGCCGCUACGGCGUGAUCGUUUUCGAAAAUCUCGAUAAAUACUUGAAUAUGGACAAAUGGAAUCGUGAGCUACUGGAUAAAUACUGUCGUGAAUACUCCGUCGGCAUAGUAGGUUUUGUCAGUCCGAGCGAGGAGACUUUGGUUGCGGCGCAGCUGCGCGGUUUUCCGCUCUACAUACAUACGAAUUUGCGCCUACGCGACGCCAGUCUCAAUCCCGCCUCGCCAGUGUUGCGUCUGACGCGUGCCGGUGAGACGGCGUGGGGCGCUCUACCCGGCGAUGACUGGGCCGUCUUCCAACACAACCACACCACCUACGAACCGGUUGAAUGGGCGCAGCGCAAUACGCAGGAUUUUCCAUCGGACAGCGGUGGCCAAGUGCAAUUACCACUCACCACUGUACUGCAAGAUCAUGGACAUUUUGAUGGCAUACAACGCGUACUCUUCGGCAGUAGUUUGCGUUUCUGGCUGCACCGUUUGCUAUUUCUGGACGCGCUGUCCUACUUGAGUCACGGUCAACUGAGCUUAAGUCUUGACCGUAUGAUAUUAGUGGAUAUCGAUGAUAUUUUCGUGGGUGAGCGCGGUACGCGUCUGCGUCCGGACGAUGUGCAGGCACUGAUAGCCACACAGCGUAUUAUUGCGUCGAUGGUGCCGGGUUUCCGCUUCAACUUGGGUUUCUCCGGCAAGUUCUAUCAUCACGGCGAGCGCGAAGAAAAUUUGGGCGAUGACUAUUUGUUGCGCAACGUGCAGGAAUUCAAUUGGUUCUCGCACAUGUGGAAGCAUCAACAGCCGCACCUUUAUGACAAUCUGACUUUGCUUAUGUCAGAGAUGCAACUGAAUUACGCCUUUGCCAAGGAGCACAACAUACCCACUGAUUCCGGCUACUCAAUAUCGCCGCAUCAUUCGGGUGUAUAUCCGGCGCAUGAAAUACUCUACAUAGCGUGGAAGAAUAUUUGGAAUGUGAAAGUCACGUCUACGGAAGAGUACCCGCAUUUGAGACCCGCACGCUUACGGCGUGGCUUCAUACACCGCGAUAUAAUGGUAUUGCCACGGCAGACAUGUGGUCUCUUCACGCACACCAUGUACAUCGAUCGCUAUCCGGGCGGACGUGACAAGCUUGACGAAUCGAUACAGGGUGGUGAACUCUUCCAAACUAUAGUCUAUAAUCCGAUAAAUAUUUUCAUGACGCAUAUGUCUAACUAUGGCUCGGAUCGGCUGGCUUUAUAUACGUUCCAAUCGGUAAUAAAGUUCCUGCAAUGCUGGACUAAUCUGAAACUCAGCUCAGCGCCGCCCAUACAACUAGCGGAAAUGUACUUCCGUCUACAUCCCGAAGAAGUGGAUCCCGUUUGGGGUAAUCCAUGUGACGAUCCACGCCAUAAGAAAAUCUGGUCGAAAAAGAAAAGCUGUGAUUCAUUGCCCAAAUUUCUAGUGAUUGGUCCACAGAAAACGGGUACAACUGCACUCUACACAUUCCUCUCUAUGCACUCGAGCAUCACUAGUAAUAUACCCAGCCCCGACACAUUCGAAGAAAUACAAUUCUUCAAUGGCAACAACUAUUAUCGUGGCCUCGACUGGUACAUGGACUUCUUCCCGUCCGACUCGAACAACAACACCACCGUGGCAGCCCCAACGCGUUAUAUGUUUGAGAAAAGUGCGACCUAUUUCGAUGGUGAAGCGGUGCCAAAACGUGCACACGCUCUCCUGCCGCAUGCAAAGAUCGUAUCGAUUCUCAUCUCGCCAGCGAAACGCGCCUAUUCGUGGUAUCAACAUCAGCGGGCGCAUGGUGACGCGAUCGCCAACAACUACAGCUUCUAUCAGGUAAUCACAGCCAGCGAUUCGGCGCCGAAAGCUCUAAAGGAUUUACGAAAUCGCUGCCUGAAUCCCGGCAAAUACGCACAGCACCUGGAGCAUUGGCUGGCCUACUAUCCCGCCCAACAACUGCAUAUCAUCGAUGGCGAACAGUUACGACUCAACCCGGUGGACGUGAUGAACGAUUUGCAGCGCUUCCUCAAAAUACAACCGACGCUCGACUAUUCGAAUCAUUUGCGCUUCGAUGCGAAGAAGGGCUUCUUCUGUCAGGCACUCAGCGAGAAGCGCAAUAAAUGUUUGGGCAAAUCGAAGGGCCGUCAAUAUCCGUCGAUGGACGAGCGCAGCGCCAAGCUGCUGCAGCGCUACUAUCUCAGCCACAACACAGCGCUGGUGAAGCUGUUGAAGAAGUUGGGCUCACGACCCAUACCACAGUGGCUGAAAGACGACCUCUCGACGGGCACGUGAUAGCUAAUGCAAUUCCGGCGACUGCGCAACAAGCUGCGAAAACAAUUCGAAAUGGUGUUUGUUAGACUCAAACAACAGACGGACACGAACAACGACAACGAGGUGAUAGAGGAGGAGGACGAAACGCCUAAAAGUAUACCGUACAGACAUCACAGACGCAACAGCUGGACACGCUAUUAGCGGAGCACAGUCGUGUGGAGCAAGACAGUCGAAUCAAAAAAUUGUAAAUUGCUAGGGGAAGUGUGUAGAGGAGAGGAGGUGAAAUGAAUUAAGCAUUUAGGCGUAGAAAGGAAAAAUGUGAAACCAUUGAAGUCAAUAUCUAAUUUAAUGUAAUGUCCUAAAUCAGGCCUAUUGUAUAGCUAACUAGUUUAAGACAAAACAACUAAAAAUCUGUUAUAUGUAAGUAUGUAUACGAUAAUGUAAAUUUAGUGUUAAGUCAGUAUAUGUAUAUGUAACCAUGUAUAUGUAAAUGUAUGCUUAGGCAAAAUGGCGGCAGUCGAAAAGUCACUCGACUGCAUUCAAUGUAAUUAAAACUUAAUAUACGCUUGUAUGUGUGUGACUUUAUGUGUGUACACAUGUAUAUGUUUAGUUUAUGUUUGUGUAUAUAUGCAUACCCAACAACAUUAUAUGUAUAGAUAUUAGGCAACUAUGUGCAUAGUGUAUAGAUGUGUUAACGCCAUAUUACAUGUGUAAGUGUGUACAUAAACAUGCAAACAUACGUACAUUCAACCAUACAAAAAUUAAAUAAAUGAAUGUGUUUUAGUGACAGCUAGUGCAUACAUAUCUCAUAAGUACUGUAUAGUUGUUGUAAUAACUGUAAUCAGCAUCAGCUUUAAUUAUGGCGCUAAUUAUGCGAGAAGCAAAAAUAACAAAAAAACAACAAUAGCUUGGCAGCAAACAAUACAACGGACAAAAUUGAUUUGUAGCGUUGCCAGACAAUUCCAGAAUUAUAAUGUAAAUGAAAAUUUAUUUUUUUAACACACGCAUGUUUGGAGAAAACAAGGUUUCUCGAAAAUAUAUAUAUGGCAGUGAUAAACGCCCUGCAAUAGCUAGUGUAGACAGGGUGCUUCGUAAAAAAAUGCCGAAAAUUCUAACAAUUUUAAUUAAUAUCUACAGAAAUUGUUGUUGAAAUUCAGUCAACGAAAUGUAAAAUAAAACAUUUAACAUUAAUAUACUUUCUAA